GUGCUGCGCAUGCGCUGAGCUGCGUCUGCAGAACUCUGACUGACCGCAGUCUCCUCUCAUCAUCUUCCCGUCAUGCUCGUCUCGUGCUGGUAUCUGUACCUGGGAGCUCAAAGCCUUUAUAGAGAAGUGUUAAAUAUGACAUCAGUUCUUCAGAAACUCAUCACUCCGCUCUACAGCGGUCCGGCUGAACCUCCCAGAAAUAAAGUGACUGUGGUCGGGGUGGGUCAGGUGGGCAUGGCGUGUGCCGUCAGCAUCGUCCUGCGGGAGCUGGCGGAUGAGCUGGCGCUGGUGGAUGUCAUGGAAGACAAACUGAAGGGUGAGAUGUUGGACCUCCAGCACGGCAGUCUGUUCUUAAAGACGCCCAAGAUCGUCUCAGGCAGAGAUUACUCUGUGAGCGCUGACUCUCGUGUCGUGGUGGUGACAGCGGGCGCUCGGCAGCAGGAGGGCGAGAGCAGACUGAAUCUGGUGCAGAGAAACGUCAACAUCUUCAGACUCAUCAUCCCUGAGAUCGUCAGAUACAGUCCCAACUGCAUCAUCAUCGUCGUCUCCAACCCGGUGGACAUUAUGACCUACGUCACCUGGAAGUUGAGCGGUCUGUCCAAACAUCGGGUUAUCGGCAGUGGAACCAACCUGGACUCCGCCCGCUUCCGUUACCUGAUGGCCGAGCGAUUGGGGAUUCACUCCAGCAGUUUCAACGGCUGUAUACUGGGAGAACAUGGAGACUCCAGCGUUCCUGUUUGGAGCGGCACGAAUGUAGCAGGUGUCAGUCUCCAGAAACUCAAUCCGGAUAUCGGCAAAGACACGGACCAGGAGAACUGGAAAGAAACUCACAAGAUGGUUGUGGACAGUGCCUACGAGGUGAUUCGGCUGAAGGGUUACACUAACUGGGCCAUCGGUUUGAGCGUGGCCGAUCUGACGGAGAGCCUGACGAAGAACCUGAACCGGGUUCAUCCCGUCUCCACUAUGGUGAAGGGUAUGUACGGGAUCAGUGAUGAAGUUUUUUUGAGUCUGCCGUGUGUGUUAAACAGCACCGGAGUGAACAGUGUGAUCAACACCACUCUGAGCCAUCAUGAGAUCUCACAGCUGAAGAACAGCGCCGACACUCUGUGGAACGUCCAGAAAGAUCUCAAAGAUGUGUGACGCUAGUCUUGAUCUGUCUGGAGUGUGUGUUAUCAUCAGGAAACACGCGUGUUUAUCAAAGCUUAGCACUUUCUGUCAGAAAUCCGCUUAAGAAAUGUUUCAAUGUGAUGAAGAAGGAUAUCAUCCAUUUAUUAAACUUUUGUCUGUAAAAACGUA